AUGACUCUCCGAUCACCAAUGGCUCAACACCGUACAGACCGGUGCAGAAGACUUCUGUGCGGGGAAAGCCAAAUGUCGGGUAUGAGAAUAGCUAUGACAAGGAGAACUACAAGACCGGUGCUGCUAGUGUCCGCGUUCGCGGACCGGUCAAAAUUAUUGCUCGAUCGACGGAAAGAAGUGGAGCAGAGUCACCAGCAUAUUCUGGUGGUAAAGCGGAACCCGAAUCAACACGGCAUCCAAGAUCCACCACGAAGACUCCCAGACUUAAACAAAGGGUGUUCGCGUCACUGGAACGUAAAGCAGAUCGUGUGA